AUGCCAUCCACAGACAACGAGCACAGUCUCAACAACCAGUCGCAAGGUCACGAUAUCACUGCCAACAACAGCAAUGUCAAUACCAAUACCAAUGCACAUCACAAAUCUAGCCACAACACUCUAGCAAACGAACCCGUCGCCCUAACAGAAGAAGACCGCCAGAAGGAAGACGCUACGGGUACGAAUCCGGACUUCUCGCUUGCGGGCCCGUAUAACAAUCCGCAGAAUGUCUAUAUCUCGCCGGAGUACCUAGAGAAUAACCCGGGUUAUGGUAAGCCGCAUGAUGAGCCGCUGUGGAGUUUGGCGCAGCCGUUUCCUAGGGUUGUUAGGCCUGGAAUGAGGAUGAGGGGGGAGAAGGGGGAGGAGGUUGGAACGCCGGAAGAAGCGCAGCAAACUGCUACAUCGCCUGAGAAGGCAGACGGGGAGCUUGGGAAAGAAGGGAAGGAGGAAGACCCUGCGCAGAAAGUUUCAAAACCACGACAUGGUGAUUUUUUCAAUACAUGGGGUCGUAUCCGGAAUAUCUUCCGCGAGUUCCUGGGUGAAUUACUUGGAUCAACAAUCGCCCUCCUAAUCGGCCUGUGCGCAUCCCUCUCCCGCGUAACCUCUCAAGAACAAGCCGGCACCUUCGAAUCCCAAUCCUGGGCCUGGGGCUUCGGCUUCAUGGUCGGCAUCUACGUCGCCGGUGGUAUAUCCGGAGGCCAUCUCAACCCCGCAAUCAGCAUCUCGCUAUCCGUCUUCCGAGGAUUUCCUGUUCGUAUGUGUCUGCAGUACAUGUUAGCGCAGAUCCUCGCCGCGCUAGCCUCAGGGGGUAUCGCGUACGGUAUAUACUACAACUCCAUCCAUUACGUCGCAAGCAUCAACCAGCAAACGCCAUCGCAAAUCAUGGAUAGUGUGUUUUAUACGAUGCCAAAGGAGUGGGUUCAUCCUGCGGCGGCAUUUUUUAAUGAGUUUGUUGGAACGGGGAUUCUGGUUUGUACGAUUCUCGCGCUGGGUGAUCAUACCAAUGCGCCGCCGGGAGCGGGUAUGCAGGCGUUUUUGGUGGGGUUGUUGAUUAUGAUUUUGUGUGUAGCAUUGGGGUAUAAUACUGGAGGUUGCUUCAACCCAGCUCGAGACUUCGGCCCGCGCCUCUUCGCACUCAUGGCCGGCUACGGCGGACGAUUGUUCACACAGAAGCACGCGUGGUGGGUCUGGGGGUCUUGGGUCGCUGAUAUAGCUGGUGGCCUGUUUGGCGCGUUCAUUUACGAUUCGUUCAUCUUUACGGGUGGUGAAAGCCCGGUGAACUACACUCCGAGACGACGGAAGCGCGCUUAUCUGAUUAAGAAGAUGAAAUUUAGGAAUAGGCUGGGACGCAAGAGACAUCAGAAUGCGGAUAUUGAGUCUGCGAUUAGGAAUGUUGAGAAUGAAUAA